AUGCCUCGCAAGGUCAUCAUCGGUCAGCUCUCCACGAAGAGCAAGGAGGUUCGGGAUGAGUUCAUCAAGAAGAUGAGCGCCGUGGGGAGUUUCGCCUUCCAAAGCGAGCCCGGCGUGCUGAAAUACGCAGCCUUUGUGCCCCGAGACGAAUCAGACCAGACGACAGUGUUCGCCGUGGAGGAGUACAAAGACGAAGCAGCCUUCGAGUCCCAUCUGGCGGAACCCGGCGUCAAGGCGUUGAUUGAGUGGAUUGGAACCGGGAAAGUUCUGGAAGGAGCUCCGAGGAUCUUGGACCUGCAGUACGUCGACGACUUCUAUUUCUCCCGGGGAGAGGUCUCCAAGCACGAGGAUCCAUGCGUGGUCAUUGCGGAACUGGACUACAAGCCCGACACUGUUCAAAAGUCGAUCCCAUACUGGAAGGCGGUUGCCGAUACGGGGCGCGAGAAAGAGGCGGGCACACUUGUAUACGGGAUCCUGAGGGACCCCAAGGAGCAGAACAAGCUCUUCACCGUGGAGGCAUACGACAGCAAGGAGUAUCUGCUGGAUGUACAUGCCAAGAGCAAGGCCGUUGAGGAGAGCAUCAAGAACACCAAGCACCUGAGAGAAGGGCUCAAGCACCACUUCCUGAAGAUCCAAGGAGGGUUUCUGUACAAAGAUUAA